AUGAUUUCCUAUCCCAUCCAACUUGCCUUGCAGACUUUAUGUCUUGCCUCAGCCUACUUUUGCGCACUGCUUUUUGCAGCUAUAUCCUCUAUCUCAGUCCCCUCUGUGUUUAACAUGGGCUUAUUCUCAAACAGGAUGAAAGUAAUCCACGAAGGUAAGACAGCUAUUGAGCACUGUAACAUCAACACAGAUACUAACAUUGACCAUAUGUCAGACGAUGAAGGUUGCUUGCAGUCUUUCCGUACUUCGUCGGAGAUAUUUUCUUCUGGUUCCUGCCGUGGUGGCUCCCUUGGAGACGCCUUGAGGCCUAUAUCUUGUUUUGGUGUCUCUUCGGAGAUUAAUGGUGCCGGUGAUGUCGAAGGUCUUUCUAGUUCUACUUCCGUGAAUCAACAGAACAGCAUCUGCCAUCGGAUGAACUCAACAGUUUGUGAAGAUGACAAGCGUUCCCACAUGGAACAAGUGGCGUACAUUCCAGUGCGUCAUGAGAACCAGGGACUCAAACGCUUGGUCCGAACCAGACUCCCAUAUUAUGGGGAGGAACUGGAGGAGCAGAUGUUUGAGGUGCUAGUUCCAAAGGCGAGCCCUUCUAAGCUCAUUGGAUCUACUCCAGAGCCGUUGAAAGACGGUAUCCAGGACGAACCACAUAGCAUUUGCUAUGAUAAAGUCCAUACCAGUGUUUCUGUAACUGUGUGUUCCCUUGCUUUGCCUUGUUCCCCUGAGCAAGGAUCAUUUACUGAACAGAAACCAAGCUUUUCUUUGGUUGGUGAGCUUCCUUCCUCUGGCCAGGAGAUGAUCCUCAUAGAAAUUUCCAAUCUGGUAUCUCUCUUUGGCUCUAUGUCAAUCGAGGAUACUAGUGAAGACCUUCGGGCUGGCCAGAAUCUCUCCGUGUACACUGCCCAACAAGUGGGUGCGGCUGGAGUAGAGAUGGCUUCGGCUAUGGAGGACUGCUGGUACGGAGAAAACACUGUCUGGUCGGAGGAGGUUCCUCAGUGUCCUGCGUUGGUCGGAGGUCUUUUUGCCUUCGGGCAACAAGAAAGCAUGGACUUUGUGUCCACCUUUGACGCUCCUUUGGAGCAGAUGCUGACGGAUGCAGAUGAGGAAGAUACCAACUGUGCAAUGAGUAUAAUCUCUGAGCCAGAAUCUUCCGAAAUGCUUGAUGUCGAGUAUGCCGGUGUCGUUGUUGCAGGCGUCUCCACAGCCUGCUGGUACAACAUAAAUGACGAACUAGCGAUGGUUCCAGAAGACUUGUAUGGCGACAGUCUGAUGGACCUCGCCGUCGAGGUAGUUCCAGGGAUCAAGGGCAACCUUGAUCACUACCAAGAUGAUUGCCUCAUGUACUGGGAUGAGAGCUUAGUCUCAAAAGCCUCUCCCAUCAUGGCGGCUACCAUGUUCUCUGUUUCUGGUGCUACCACCAUGUUUCCCGCUUCUGGUGCUGCCACCAGACUUUCUGUCUCUGGUGCGGCUACCAUGUUUCCGGUUUCUGGUGCUACAACCAUGUUUCCUGCUUCUGGUGUGGCUUGCCCAUUCCCACUUGAACAGGUAAACAUUACCAACAAAGGCGCGACUUGUGUCCCACAGCAAGUUGCAGAAGAUCUCGUGGGGAAUCCAGAGGAGGGUCCAAGACUACCAUCUUCCCCUCUUCUCCCCGGAUCUGAUUCUGGUGCUGGCCUUCCCGGCCAAUCUGGCAUGUUGUUGCCAGAGAAUAAGACACCAGAGCCUACCACAAUUCCUGGUGUUGUGGCGUGGCUGACUACCGCUCCCGAGAGUCCAGAAGAAGUCCUAGAAGGUGAAGAAGAUGAUGAUGAUGACGAAGAGGACUCGGAUAAGGGACACGAAGAUGACGACGAGGGCGUCACCCUGCAAGACUCAGUGUUGGCAGAUCUCCUUGCUGAGUUAGAAGAGAGUGACUUUGACGAUGAAGCAUGA